GUUCGUUUGUAAUGACAUGAUAAUAAUAAUAAUGAAGAGACAAAUUCAUUUUGAAUUAUGUAUUGGAUAUAAUAUUCAUCAGGAAUGCCGUUUUCCCCCAACUUCACUGAAUUCGCCGAAUCUUGAUUCCCUAUGCGAAAGCUUGAAGUUUUUGUUCAAUUCCCUAAGCAAAACUGAAAAACCGGUUACUCCUCUGCUCUUCUUGACUUGUUUGCACAGUGUUUGUCCGCAGUUCGCCUCACGUGCAUCGUCUUCUGAUGCAAGUAAAUCCGCUCCAGGUGCUCUAUCUAUGAUUACUCAUGGCUUCGAACAACAAGAUGCUAGUGAAUGUUGGACAGAGCUAAUCAGAGCAUUACAAAGUAGCAAGAUUGAUUCUCAAGUUUAUGCGUCAACAGUGAAUUUGCCUCAAAGUUUUCGUACAACAUCCCAAUGGAAUCCUGUAGAAAGAUUUCUUACUGGUCAGUUAUCUUGCAAACUUACAUGUACUGAAUCAGAUGAACCCGAGACAGAUAGUCUAGAGACGUUUACUCAACUUUCUUGCUUCAUGCAUCAAGAUGUAAAAUAUUUGCUCACUGGUAUUCGAAAUGGAUUAACGGGAAAUCUAACUAAGCAUUCAUCUUUGCUGGAUCGAAAUGCAGUUUAUAAACGUCUAUCUCUUAUCAGUCGGCUUCCAGCUUACUUAUGUAUUCAUUUUGUUCGCUUCUUCUACAAGGAAGAUAAACAGAUUAAUGCUAAGAUUUUAAAGGAUGUAAAAUUUCCACUAACAUUGGAUAUGCACGAAUUUUGUACGCCUGAGUUGCAGCAGAAAUUACUACCCAUGCGUGAAAAACAGCGCCUCAAAGAAGAUGAAGUGGUUAAUCCCUCAAGUCAAACAAAUACUUUCAAAAGUAAACCAGGUUUGUAUUACUGAUGAGUGGUUAUGUAACGUAAUUUUAAACGUUGUUUUAACGUUACGUUAUUUUUGGGUUUUAUUAUUUAUAGACAAUAAAAGCAAGUAAGUUUUUUUUAAGACUUUCGAAGUUCGAAAAAGUAGCAACGGUCAUCGUUCAUAGAGCAUAUACUAAAUCCGACUGACAAAGCCAUCACUUAGUUAUUUUUAGGGUAAGUAUAAUAUUUGUUGCGACUACACUGAAUGUUUUCCAGUGAACGCUGUCUACAUGACAAGUGAAACAAAACGGUAAAAUUUCCAACAAUGAUAUGUUGACUAAAUUUAAUACUUUUCAGAAACAAUACUCCAAGUGUGAUCAACACUAAGACAGAUAUAAACGAUGACAGUCGGCAAAUAAUAAUGAUAGGGUGAUGUUCUUAGAACAUAUCCGAGUCUUCGAACUCAGUAUAUCAAGAUGACGACCAAUAUUAAAAUAUGGGUCAGGACAACUAAACAGCGACCGGAAAUUUAGUUUAUCAGGCGUCCUAGUUUUACAACCGGAGGUCAGAACUAUUUUUGGUGAUUGCAAUUGCCAGAUAAAUAUUACGAAUGCCAUAAGUUAACUAAAAGUGGGUUUAGCCAAAUGUUCCACCUGUGAUGAUUUCAAAUAUUUACGGAUAUGUUCAUAUUCACGUAAACUAAUUCAUUGAUACAUUUCUUCCAGAUUAUGUACGACCUGAUCCAUUCCAAAAUCCUGACUUGUACGAACCUUACUUUUUCGCUGAUGAUCCCGGUUCGAAUAACUCUGGGUACUACGAUCUUCAAGGUGUUUUGAGCCACCAAGGUAGGACAAGUACAAGUGGGCAUUAUGUUGCUUGGGUGAAAAAACAAGGAAUGUGGUUUAAAUUUGAUGACGAUCGUGUCAGCCAAGUGACCUCAGAAGAUAUUUUGCGCUUAUCUGGAGGGGGUGAUUGGCAUUGUGCAUAUAUUCUGUUAUAUGGGCCUCAUUUCAUAGAGAAGAAUGCAUGUAAGGAUCCUUCUGGGAGUACCGUAUGAAGUUCAUAAAUGCACAGCCUAGAAAAAUUGACAAUUUCUGUUGAAUAAACCCGUUUUUUAAACCUGAAAUUUUUAUAAAACGCCGUUCGUUAUGAACGUUUGUCAUUAUUUUCUUUCCAUGAAAUUGUGAUAAUUUGUCUUAUAAAAUCGCCGUGUUUGCUAGUUGUUAAUGUUUUUCAGCUCUUAUAACCAUCCAGACUUCUGAGCGACUCAUUUAACUGCGAAAUUGCUUUUCUUGAUUCAGCAUUGUUUGUGUGGUCAGAAAUUUGGCAAAUAAAAUAUGCUGUUGGGCUUUCAUUAUUG